AUGCAGGCCUCCGAGAAAGAAGAGUUUAGAGGUUAUCUUGAGAAGAGCGGCAUCAUCGACUCGCUUACCAAGGUGCUGGUUGGGCUCUACGAAGAGCAGGACAAGCCCAGCAGCGCUCUCGAUUUUGUGCGACAGAAGCUCGGCGCCACGUUGGAGGACGCUGCCACCGUGGAGAGCAUCAAGAAGGAAAACGCGGAGCUGAAGAAGGAGAACGCCAACCUCAAGAAGCAGAUUGCUGAGCUCACAAAGGCCCAACAGCCGCAGUAA